GGAGAGUUUGUACACCAAGGGGCCAAUAUCUUUGGAGACUUGGUUAAAGACACAUUGUUGCUGCCAAUAUUCAGAGGUCUCCUUCUACAUCAUGGGAUGGGCUGUCUAACUCUUCUGUCUCCUAGUGUCUCACUCUCUUCACGCAAAAACAAAACAACAAAAACCCAGAAGGGCCAGUUCUUGCAGCACACAAGAAAUACUGACAUAAAAUUCUGCAAAAAGGUGCAGCUCUCAUUUGCAGCAACGACACCAGAGUUAGCUGAUAAGAAAAAGUAUCCUUAUUUCUUCCGGACAGUGCCAUCCGAUAAUGCUGUGAACCCUGCAAUUCUGAAGUUGCUCAAACACUAUAAAUGGAAAAGGGUGGGAACGCUGACCCAAGAUAUUCAGAGAUUUUCUGAGGUACGGAAUGAUCUGACUGGUGUCCUGUAUGGGGAAGAUAUUGAAAUCUCAGACACGGAGAGUUUCUCUAAUGAUCCCUGCACAAGUGUCAAAAAGCUCAAGGGAAAUGACGUUCGAAUUAUCCUUGGCCAGUUCAAUGAAGAAAUGGCAGCAAAAGUAUUCUGCUGUGCAUUUAAUGAAAAGAUGUUUGGCCCUAAAUAUCAGUGGAUCAUUCCUGGGUGGUAUCAGAGCUACUGGUGGGAAAAAGCUAUUCCAAAGCUUAAUUCAUCACACUGUCUUGCUGUAAACCUUCUCAGUGCCAUGGAAGGGUACAUUGGAGUGGAUUUUGAGCCUCUCAGUUCAAAACAGAUAAAAACCAUUUCAGGAAGGACACCACAGCAGUAUGAAGAGGAAUAUGAUCAAAGGCGUGGGAAUGUUGAGCCAAGUAAGUUCCAUGGCUUUGCUUAUGAUGGAAUAUGGGUAAUUGCCAAAACACUUCAGCAAGCAAUGAAGAUUCUCAAUUCCACCAACAAAAACCAAAAAAUUGAGGACUUUAACUACACCAACAAAGAACUUGGAAAAAUUUUCCUAGAUGCAAUGAAUCAGACCAGCUUCUUCGGUGUAACGGGUCAAGUUAUGUUCAGAAAUGGAGAGAGGAUGGGGACCAUCAAAUUUACACAGUUUCAAGACAAAAAGGAAGUGAAGGUGGGAGAAUAUAAUGCUAUACUUGAUUCACUGGAAAUUAUUAACAACUCCAUCAAAUUCCACGGAAAAGAACCACCAAAGGACAGAACAAUUAUCCAAAAGCAGCUUCGCAAGAUCUCCCUGCCCCUCUACAGUAUUCUUUCAGCACUCACUAUCCUGGGAAUGAUCAUGGCCAGUGCUUUUUUGUUCUUUAACAUCAAAAACCGAAAUCAGAAGUUGAUAAAGAUGUCCAGUCCCUACAUGAACAACCUCAUCCUUCUUGGAGGGAUGCUCUCCUAUGCAUCAAUAUUCCUUUUUGGCCUUGAUGGAUCUUUUGUCUCUGAAAAGACAUUUGAGACACUUUGUACUGUCCGAACAUGGAUACUUACUGUGGGCUACACAACUGCAUUUGGUGCAAUGUUUGCAAAGACAUGGAGAGUACAUGCAAUUUUCAAAAAUGUAAAAAUGAAGAAAAAGAUCAUUAAGGACCAAAAGCUGCUGGUAAUAGUUGGUGGGAUGCUGCUGAUAGAUCUUUGCAUCUUGAUUUGCUGGCAAGUUGUUGAUCCCUUGAGGAGGACAGUGGAAAAUUAUAACAUGGAGCCUGAUCCUGCAGGCCGAGAUAUUUCUAUUCUUCCCAUUUUGGAGCACUGUGAAAACACUCACAUGACUAUUUGGCUUGGCAUUGUUUAUGCCUACAAAGGCCUACUCAUGCUAUUUGGUUGCUUUUUGGCCUGGGAGACUCGAAAUGUGAGCAUUCCUGCUCUGAAUGACAGUAAAUACAUUGGCAUGAGUGUUUAUAAUGUGGGCAUCAUGUGUAUUAUCGGAGCUGCUGUUUCCUUUCUCACACGAGACCAACCCAAUGUUCAAUUCUGCAUUGUGGCACUAGUCAUUAUAUUUUGUAGUACUAUUACGCUCUGCUUAGUCUUUGUUCCCAAGUUAAUCACACUGAGAACAAAUCCAGAUGCUGCCACUAGAAACAGAGGGCUCCAGUUCACUCAAAAUCAGAAGAAAGAUGACUCAAAAACAUCAACAUCUGUAACCAGUGUCAACCAGGCCAGCACAUCUAGGUCAGAAGGACUACAGUCAGAAAAUCACCAGCUGAGAAUGAAAAUAACUGAGUUGGACAAAGCUUUAGAAGAAGUCACUAUGCAGCUUCAGGACACACCUGAGAAGACAACAUAUAUUAAGCAGAACCACUAUCAGGAGCUCAAUGACAUUCUCAGUAUACGGAACUUUACAGAAAACAAAGAUCUGAAACAGCAAAAUGUGAGGCUCAUUAAACAGUCUUCACAUCACUCUAGUGUGCCAUUCUCUGAGGAUGGUGAAAAAGCUGUAUUGAAAAACCAUCUUGAUCAAAAUCCACAAGCCCAAUGGAAUACUACAGAGCCCUCCAGAACAAGCAAAGACUUUAUAGAAGAUAUCAAUUCCCCAGAACACAUACAACGUCGACUCUCCUUACAACUGCCCAUUCUUCAUCAUGCCUAUUUGCCAUCCAUAGGAGGGGUCGACGCCAGUUGUGCUAGUCCAUGUGUCAGUCCCAGUGCCAGUCCACGGCACAGACAUGUGCCACCAUCUUUUCGUGUGAUGGUCUCUGGCCUGUAGGAGGAUCAGAGCUUGAUGAACUGCUUUUGGUACUCAGUGGCUGGACUGAACAUCUUGUGUCGAACUCUUGCCUUCUACAUACUCCUUAACUCUUAUCACAGAGGAACUAGUGUUAUGAGGCCAUUGUCAGGGGAAGACCAGCUCCACUGCUGUGAGAAGGCAUGCAAAGUGGAGAGGGUCACCCAGAGGUUUAUCUGUAGCCUUAUGGACAUUUUUAUUGCUUCACAAAGAAAGUCACCAAACCAUGAUUCUUCCCAAAUUUCUACCAGAGGCCAAGUGGCUGGGAAACAUAAACUUGACAAAGAACAAACACAAAAGAUCCCACUCAAGUGUCGCUAAACUUUAUAAUGCUACUGAAAACAUGGAGCCAUGUGCAAAAAGAAGGAAAUCACAUCAACUGAGAGCUAUAUUAACAGAACUGGAUACACUUUGUUUUGCAGGGAUUUCAUUCAGGUGCUGGAGGCACCGGUUAGUUGGGCUGACAUUCAUUUCUGGGACUACGUUGAGUGGGGAGGAGCUUUCAGAAAUGGUUCCUCAGGUAUCAUUAAGACUUGCGCUCAGCUCAGCUCCAUCCCUCUCAAGAUACGCUUGGGAUGGAGAAUGUGUCAGGGGGAAGCAGGGCCAGGGCCAAGAUCUCAGAGAGGUGACCAGAGUCAAAAAUGAAGUAUUUGCAGCCAUUCCUUCCUCCUGCUAAGAUACGGGGUUCCAGAGGGAACCAUCUGCAAAGGGACAGAGACCUAGAUCCAACAGCACUUAAGGCCAAGGAUGGGUACUGAAGUCUUAAUGUCACAGGACGGAUUGUUUUCCCCUCCCCCGAGUUUGCUUGAUUUAAACCACAACAUAAUUACAGUACAGUUUAUUUAGUAAGGAGGGGUGGGGCAUUUAGGCACCACAUUUUGCUGCUGCAGCUGAAAUCUGCAGAGGCACAGGUAGUAUAUAUACAACAUUUGCUUUAUAUCUGUAUGUGUGACAGUGGUAGCUGAGAAUAAGACACUCUGAACGAAGUUUGCCUAUGGGGGGAAUCCCCUUGUCCUUCAAAUUAGAAAACAAAAGUCAAACAAUGAUUAUGGGAUUUGUUUCUGUAGAAAACCCCCAGAAGACUUUUUAAAAAUUGUGGGUAUCCCCCUGAGUAAUCAUGAUUUAAUCUACUCCCUCCCUGAGAGCAACUGAAUUGUUAUUAAUUAGAGAGCAACAUGAAAAAGCUGAAAUGAAAUGUUUGAUUGCUUCCAUCACUAACUGAUGAGGUCUGAUCCAAGCAUGUGCUACUAUUUGUCUGUUAGUGGUUCUGUGCAAGCCUGCAAGAUUAAGGGUUGUUUGUGCAUGCAUGAUCCAAAGAGGUGUACCUAUCUUUUCACAACUACCUGGCACAAAGAAUUUCAAUGUGAAUUUCCCCAUUCCCCAUUAGAUACCUAAUUGCCUGAAGUUCUUAUUGCUAUGUAGUUAUAGGCCACUUCACUCACAACCCCAAAUGGUGCAUUCUACAUGGGAAUGGCAUAGAAGCAAGGCCUAAUCUCCCCCAUUGCCUUACUACAUAUAGGAUGUUCAGAGUGAGCUAAGGCCUAUGCAUUUCCAUGCAUCUAUUGACUGUGCUUUUCAACUGCUGAUACUCAACCCACCCAACACACUGUGAAGUACCACCAGUUGAAAAGCACUGCUGUGUUAGGUCUUACUCACACAGUCUUUAGAUCCAGUGAGCUGGGCCUAUUCAUGCACUCAUGUAAGCUCUUGUUCAUUCACAUGGCAAGCUAUUAGGAUAUGAAAUCCAUCUGAAUGGGACAGAAACAACUUUCAGAGCCCAGCUGCAGGCUGGAGAAAGGCAAAAAAAAAAUCACUCAGUGUUGUAUUCUCAUUCCAUUAUCUCUGUUCAGGUUUUUUGUAGUGCUUUAAAACUCUGCAACAUAUAUGUGUCCAGAGAAAGCAGCACAACAAGAUGAAAUUAUACCACUUUCACCUUUUUAAAACAGCAUUGGCGCUCUCUAACCUUGGCCACUCAAAUUGGAUGGCAAUUUGGCAUGCAGCAUUGCUCAACAUUGAUGAUACUGGCUGGCUGCCUUUUCUAAAUCUUGUAUUAAUUCAGCUUGCCACAAUAGGGCAUAAUGAAGGGGGUGUCAUUUGUUACGCUUUCCUCUCUCAUGCCAUAGGAAUUAAUCUUUUUCCACCAGUGUUCCCAGGAUAGCAUUUAGUAUCUGAAUGAGAGAGGAGCUAUAUCAGUUGAGUCACUGCAAAUGCCCCUGCUCCCACCUCCAUGAUUAUAUAACCCAUGAAUCUUAAUCCAUUGGGAGCAUCAUGAAAUCUCUUCCUGAAUACAUAUUGCUAAGAGGACAUGGAGGCACCUGGAAGUGUUAGGACAACAGCGAGUAAGUCUACCACACAGGAAGUAGAGCACAUUACUCAGCUUGAGCACUAACCACUGCAGGUGUCAUCUGGUGUGUAUGCGUGAGCGUGCGUAUGUAUGUAUGUUGACAGUAUUCUCUUAAUUUAUUGAUAAACUUCAUCAGGACUUUAUUUAAUACAAAUAUUACUUUUCAAAAAAGAACAAUAAUACUGUAUAUAAUGUAUACACAAACAUUUCUGUAGAAAAUAUUAUUCCAACAUAGCAGGAAACAAAACAAAAAACUUCAAAAAGUAUUGGACUGUUGGCGGUGAGUGAGUGUCUGUAACUCUUUGUGCAUACUGACUGUGUGCCGUUUCUUAGGUUUAAAUCAUGCAGUACAUUCUUUGUCUCAAAUGCAACUGUAGUUUCUCCCACAACAUUUUUUUUAAUUUCCUGCAGAAAAUAAGACCCACAAAAGUGACUAUAGCUAUUCAAUGUUUCCGUUUUUUUAUACUGCAGCAAAAACGUACUGUAAAAAAUUAUGACAAGGCCAUGCCCCAGUGGCAUUUUCCAACAGUGAUAGUGCACAAAUGUUUUAACCAAGACUGGAACUGUCAAAAAAAUUAUUUUAAAAAAAUAGAGAAUACAUGGAGAAUUUCUUGUAUACCCCUUAUACUGCAUGAAAACCAAUUUUUAAUAAA